GAACGUCCACCGCUUCUGAUGCUGAUUUAAUUGCGGAGCAGCACAUUUGGGGUGCGGUGGACCCUCUUGCAAAGAACAAGGCCUUCAACUGUAGCAACGGGGAUGUUUUCAAGUGGAAGCAUGUGUGGAAAGUGUUGGCGGAACAAUUUGAGAUAAGGGAUUUUGGGUUUCUAGAAGGUUCAGAUAUGAGGUUCUCCAAAACGAUGAAGAAUAAGGGUGCAGUGUGGGAAAAGAUUGUGAGGGAGAAUCAGCUACUGCAUGUCAAGCUUGAAGAGAUUGAAGAAUGGUGGCUUGCAGAUGCUGCAUUGGGAGGGGAGGCAGUGGUAUUGGACAGCAUGAACAAGGCGAGAGAGCAUGGGUUUUUGGGGUUUAGGAACUCUAAUAAUUCGUUUAAGAGUUGGAUAUAUAGGACCAAAGUUUAUAAGAUUGUGCCAUGA